UUUGCCCAGGUCAGAUCUGUAGUCCUGCAUGUGGGAAAGGUCAGCGAGUGCAGCUCCUGUCACAGGCACACUUGCACUAUAACUCCAUUGCACAACUCUUUUACAAGCUGCAUUUCCCAUUUUCAGCACAGAUUCCAUCGGACACCUCAUCGUUUCCUAUCAGAUCAGCUAAUCAGUCUUCCAGUAGAUUUUAUGUUAUGUUAUUCACUGACAGUGCGAUUUAUCUGUAUCAGGAUACUGGAAAUAUUUGGUGCACACAGUCUCAUUGUGGAGCUAAACAGGCUUGAGUGCCACAGAGUAUAAAUAGUUGAACAAAGACCCUUUUAGAGUAACAAGAGGCCGAAACCUGAAACCCGGAAUGAUUCCUCCCUCUGGUCACUCUGUACGCUCACACGCUGAGAAGCUAGAGAGACUCUCCAGCAAAAUAGAGUGAGUUGGGUCCAGUGAGGGUGAAGAAACAAGUCAGCAGAGCACACGCCUUCCACACUGCAGCCGUCAGGUGCUCAAGAAGACCAGAUCCACAAAAAUGCCCACCCAACCCUCCGUCCAGCCAUUGUAUUAGCUGGAGAAAAAAGAAGAGGAGGAGUAGAGGACAUCCGGUUGGACCACACCCCAGAGUCCCCCAGGAAAUAGUCACCUCCCAGACUUUUAAGUAGGACAUCAGGACAUCUUUGGCAUUUUAGUGCUCUGAGGUUUUCAUCACCAAGCUGGAAUAUCUGCUGUAGAUCUGUCUUGUGUCUCCCAUUCUGAAGUGUGUGUGUGUGUGUGUGUGUGUGUGUGAGCACGGUGUGUUUUGACGCAGCUGAGAGCUGCUGCAAGUCUUCUUUCUCCUGUCAGGAUGUCUGCAGCACAAGACCUGCUGCUGCUACCUCUGGCCCUCCUGGCGCUUCAAGCGUCUCUUUGCCAUGGGGCCUGCGUGGAGGUGGAUUCAAACACAGAGGCCGUGGCCAACGAAGGCUUUAAAUUGGGCUGCAUCUCCUGUAAGAUGAGGGGCGAGGUCAAGGCCGAGGCCUCCGUCGACUGGUACUUCAAGGCUUCAGAUGAGUCUAACUUCUCCCAUUUAUAUACUUAUAAAGACCAGAUGCCUGUAAUCCAUGACUCACGUUUUGAGGAGCGUCUGGACUGGAAUGGCAGCAAGAAUACCAAGGACCUACAGGACGGCUCCAUCUACAUCCUCAAUGUGACCUUCAAUGACACAGGAACCUACCAGUGCAUAUUCAGCCGCACCCUCGAGUAUCCCAACUACGAGUUUCAAACUGAAACCAGGAAGCUUAUUGUCAUUAACGUGGUGCCACAACUCACCAGGGGAAUGGCAUCCAUCUUGUCUGAGGUGAUGAUGUAUGUCUCCAUCAUCGGGCUGCAGCUCUGGCUGGUGGUUGAGAUGAUUUACUGCUAUAGGAAGAUUGCAGCUGCAGGAGAGGAAGCUCUGAGAGAGAGCGCGGCUGAGUAUUUAGCUAUAGCGUCAGAAAGUAAAGAUAAUUGUGCAGGUGUACAAGUGGCAGAAUAGCACCGGUUGAGAAAGAAAUCAGGAAGACUUCCUUGAGGAUUCUCACAUCCACUUUCACGCCCUCACCUCCCACCAUCCUCUCCACAUGAUGGAAAAAUAGAACCACAGAGAGGAGAAAGCUCUUCAUAGAAAGGUUUUUUAAGUGACUUUCUGGAAAAGGUUGGAAAGGACUGGGCUAUAUCCCGUUCUGAAAUACAGGAUGGAGACAUCUGGGGGUGGCCCAACUGGACAGAGGGGGAAAGAGAGAGUAGUACUGUAUAUAGGUCAAUAAGUAUGAACAGAAAAUCUUUUAACACAUGUAGAGUAUAUUAUGAGACUACAUUGUAUAACCACUAUCUGCAUGCUUUUGAGCUUUUCAAAACAACCGACACCAUGCUUCUGAUGUUCUGUCACAGUUUUGUUUUUAAAAUCAUUAAUCAGUUUUGUCAUAUUCCAUUACACUGUGUUUGACUGGUUAUAUAAAGCCGUCUUUUAACAAAUCAUAACUGUUUUUAAUCAAAACAUUCUGAGAACAAAAAAUACUUUUACUUUCUGGCAGUGAGAGUAAUUACACACACACACACACACACACACACACUUGACUCGUGCUCAUGAUAUAUGCUGUCAGAUGAGCUUGUGUUCAGAAAUAGUUA